AUGUCGUUUUACGGCGCUUCGAAACCUUCUACGAAGAGAUCCGUCUCGACGGCGCCGACGCCGAACGAGGCCCGACGUCGGCAGGUUCGUCCGAUUUCGUAUCCGGCGUACAUGCGGCCGCGGUCGACGUACGUACCGCAAGCUAGCAGCUCGUCGCGCGCCUCCAGCCACCGACCGGCGCCGCCGUCCAAGCAGACGUCGCUGCUGCCGCUACUCGAGCGACCGCUCUACUGUCCGUCGUUCGACACGGUCAAGCAUGUGCUGCACGACUGGUCGCGCAAGUGGUUCACGCACGUGCUGCUCAUCGCUCUCCUCGUCGGCUACUGCUUCCUCGGCGGCUACCUGUUCCGUCACUUCGAGCUCGGCCACGAGCAGGCGCAGAAGAACGCCAUGUUGGAAGCGCAUCGUGAACUGCUCGGCGUUCACGAGAACCUCACUCUUCACUACGUCGAGCUGAUCACCGAACAUCUGUGGCAGAAGGUGCUCAACAUGAACAUCUUCAGCAAUGAUCAGUUCAACGUCGACGACUCGCUCGUCGCGGAGCUCGACACGAUGCUGAAUCGCUAUCAGCUGCUGACGAUAGAGAGCGGGCUCGACGAACCGAAUCUGAACAUCACGAGCAGGCACGAUCUCGACGAGGACUGGAACCUCAUGGGAUCGGUGUUCUUCGCUGCGACGAUCAUAACGACGAUCGGUUACGGCCACAUCGCGCCUAAGACGUUGAACGGACGCUGCUUCUGCAUGGCGUAUGCCGUCAUCGGCAUGCCCAUCCUACUCAUCGUCCUCACCGACAUAGGCAAGCUGUUCACGCGCGCGAUUAAAUACGUCUGGUCAUUCGCGCGCCGCUUCUACCAAUUGAGGGCCAUCAAGAAGCUGAGAAGCGCCGUGCACGAUGAGACAGCCAUCGUGAGAGAGACGGCGCAGAAGGGAGCCGAUCUUGCGAGGAAGGGCGCCGACAAGGCGAUGGAUAUCGGCAUCACGGCCGUGGAGAAGACGAAGGAGGCGGCGGAGAAGGCUGCCGACACGGUGACGGGACGGAAGAAGAGCAUCGAUACGACGAUAGAGGAGACGGGAUUCGACGCCAAGAAAGAGGAGACUAAGAAAGCGGCGAAGGCUGAGGAGGAGGCGAGCCUGGAUGGUGACGACGGGACGAUGGUGGAGUUUGUUGUUGAUGACGAGUUUAACCUGCCGAUCAGCAUCGCUCUUCUCCUCAUGGUCAUCUACAUGUUUAUAGGAGCCGUCAUCUUCACCGUGGGAGAGAAGGACUGGGAUUACCUUACUGCUUUCUACUUUUGCUUCAUAUCGCUGAGUACCAUCGGCCUUGGCGAUGUCGUGCCGAAAGACAAAGCGUUUCAUGAUGCAAUGGCUGGUGUCUACGUGCUCUUGGCGAUCCGCCUCUCAUUCUCACUUUUCAAUGGUGAUCAACUCUCGUGA